UCAUAAACAUUUUACACGUGUUCUACGUAUACAUGUUGACGGGAUACAAUGAUCGACGAAGCCGACGACUGGUUAUUUGAUUCCAUAGCAUUGUAUCAGAAUCUAUAUAUGUAUGAUCUGCAGCAUGGAAUUACAGCUAUGGACUGGAUCGAUGACAAAAAUGUAUGUAUCGCCACAUCCAGUGGGAGUAAGCAUGAGCUGGCUGAACUCCACCUUCCUGACAAACUCCUCAAAGCCAGCCAGGAGAAAGCCGGUCUGAUAAAGAACCGUGAUUUCCACAUGAAUGCUGGCUGUUACUGUCCUCACAGAGUGGCCUGUCUUAAGCAUGUCCCCAACUCAAGAACAAUAGCUACCUGUCCUGACACAGAAGCAUGUAAGAUACAGUUCUGGAAGCUUGGCACUGACGACACUGAUGUGAUAAGAAAUAUAUCAACUGUAGAGAAUACUCAUAGUAAAGGAAGCCCAGCUCACAUCACCCCUGUACCAGGUACAGAGAACCUGGUGUUUGGGUCUCACCUGGAUAAUCUAUGUACAGUCGACAGUAACACAGGACAGGUCAGCUGUACAGGCUGUCAAAGAUCUGAGAGGAUUAGCUCUAUGGACUUUACAGAUAGCAACACAUUAAUAUGCUGUUGUCAAGAAACCGGUGAACUUGUCACCUUUGACCUUAGAGAAGACUUGACAAAGGUCAAACAGGAACACACAAAUAAUAUUUCUUUAGAUCAAAAAUGUUUCUGGACAAGUACUGUGACUGAAUUCGGUGUACUCAAAUUGUCAUCUACUGGUGAAGUUAGAAGGGUUGAAAAGCACAAUUGGAGUACAGAUGUCGGUCGCUGGAACACAGAACUGAAUCUGUUAUCAGACUUCAGUAACCUGACAAUAAAUGCUUUACCUAGAAAUGAAGACACAGUUUACAUAUCUGGUUUUGACAGUAACGUAUAUAUAUUUAAUCUACCUAUGCUGUCCAGUAUGGGAAGUCAGACUGACCACCAGGUGUCCAAACCAGUAUUCAAACAUGAAGGUCACAUGCAAAAUGCAAGAAUGGACACUCAGGCCAAAUUGUUGACCACUGUCACCCACAUCCUCCAUCCAUUGCAACACGAUCUUGUCCUGUCAGCAGCCACAGAUGGUUCACUGCAUGCAUGGCAGUUCAAUGACUGUACUGAUAAAUGAGAACAUUAAGCUGAAUGUAUUGAUUAGCUUAUCAGGACUGUUUACAAAAAUCUAGCAAAGUCCUUCAAUUUCCCAUUGAGAUAUAUCGACAAUGUGCUGUCUUUUAAUCACAAGAAAUUAACUGACUACAUCGAUCGUAUAUACAAUUUGUACCUUCAAGAGCUUGAAAUCAGACACCACACUCUCUUCAACUUCGGCCGCUUUCCUCGAUCAUUACUUGCAUAAUGACGGCUUACUACUAAGCUGUGCAUCAAGCGGGACGAUUUCCUCUUCCCGAUCGUGAACUUUCCUGAUAGCAACAUGCCUGCUUCCCCUACCUACAGUGUUUACAUGUUGCAGUUGACUGGGUACUUAAAAGCUUGUUCCGAAUACCAGGAUUUCUGUGGUCGAUGUCAACUGCUGACGGACACACUUACAACACAGGUUUUCCAAAGAAACAGUUUGAAGUUCGCCAUCAGGAUCUCACAGAGAUACAUGUAUAUGUUUUUUCUUUGUGCGAUGUGAAGGUCUAUGUUUACGGUUAUACACAUUAGAUUGCCUUGUGGUUUCGUCUCAUUGCCCGAGUUCGCGAUGUUAGGACGUGGCAUUACUUGGAUUUAUUUAUGUAAAUUCAAGGUUCUAUCACUAAAAGAGUCAGUGAUAUGUGUUCAUUUACCUCCAUGCUCUAUAGACAUUAUAGCUUUGAAUGGAAUGAACAGAAUUUUAUGUUUUGCACGUAAAUUGUAUCGGUCAAGAAACUACAUUAAACCUUUUUUCGGGAUUCCAUAUUUCACUUGAAAUGUUUCACUUCGAUAAAACCGUUGCUACAAUAAUUAUGAAGUGGUAUUUAAGACAGCAAUUGGCCUCCACACAAAUAUAAUGUUUUUGGCUCACCUGUCCGAAGGGCAAGUGAGUUUAUGUCAUGGCGCAGCGUCCGUCGUCCGUCCGUAAAGUUUUCCUUUCAAACGCCAAUUUUCCUAAACGGCUUAGUGGAUUUUACCAUUAGAGGGAUUUGGUCAAAAUUUGGCCUUGAGUAUCCUUGAGCAAAAGGGACUAAUUUUAUUUAAACGAAGGGUAUGGUCCCUCGAAGUACAGAGGGGCGGGACCAAUUAUGGGAAUUUGAGGUUUAAAUCCUCGAAGUCCUUCUUCUUACGUACCAUUGAGGUGGUCGGGAGGUGCAGUGGAUAGCGCACUUGCCUUUAACCAAGGCUGCCGGGGUUCGAUUCCCCGAUCGGACGUGAAAAGGUGUUGGGGUUAACUGUCCGAUCACGAGGGUUUUCUCCAGUUACUCCGAUUUCCUCCCACAUUAAGACCCCCGCGCGCUAACGCCCGGGUUAACAAGAGUGUUUAAUAUAAGUUCAAAUAACCUGUUUCAUAAUUGAUGUAAAAUAAAUUAAAUUUAUGUUUCCAAAUUUGGCCUGGAGCAUCCUUCGGCAACAGUACGGGGGAUAACCGAUUGCGGGUAACUGUAGAUACUCGCAUCAAGCAUAGCGGAGAGCGCAAACGGCGAGUAUUAACUGACGUGAAUUUUCGAAGCAAGUUGUUUUAGUAAUCUGAAUCGAUGAGCUAGUGAUGAUGUGAGUAAAUAAGUUAAAAUGACAUCGUCGAUGAAGAUAACUGUAAAUAAAUGAUGUUGGUAACAGAUAAGACAGUUUCAGCCGCGAUGUGUCGCUGCAAAUGAUUAGCGCAACAUCAAAUACUCGCCCAUUACAGCCUUUCAUCUCUGUAGCACAUAGUCAAAUGAAGUUGUCAGUACCUUGCUAUCAGUCGGUGGUUUUCCUCGGGGAAUGUAGUUUCUUUAUCAGUCUAUCGGAGAUUACAACAUUUUGUUGAAUAUCAAUCUCGAGUAAUAUCAUGAAAAAAGGCGGUGGCAUUAUUUAAAUACUUAUAAUCAAAUGCAAUGACAUCAACGUGAACAUUUUGGCACAAAGACGCUUUGGAAUUAGAUGAGGACAUAUCACGGAUCUAAAUCCGUGGACAUAUGAAUUAUUUACACUUUAAGCACCUUUUCCUUGUCUUCUUUUAUCUCUAGAUUAUUAAAAAUAAAGCAAAACAAUAUGAACAAGGUUUUUUUUGUUUGCAAUUUGUACUUUGUUCUACAGCAAAUAACUUCCUCUAUUCUUUUCAAGAUCCUAAUGACCUGAACCGCCUGAGUGAGCUUUUUGUAUGAUUUUUUUUGCUGCAGGAUACACAAUGAAAUAUUUUUACCUGGCGAAUCGCUUUUUGGUGAAAGUUCAAUUAAUGGUUCCUGUCAAAUAGUUCCAUGCCUAAAGGAAUGACUUGAUGAAAUGCACCUCUAUAUAAAGUAGGGUUGUCAAACCGGUCGAAUUUUAGUAACCAAUCA